UAUUUUUUAGUUUAUUUUGGUAUUUACCUAAUUCUCUUUCGAUUCUUCUUUAAUCUCAAUCCAACCAAGUUCAAAUCUAUCCUCCUCCUCUUCUUCUUCUUCUCUCUCUGCGCCUGCAUAGUUUGCGAACUCGAUCGCUGCACUCGCCAGUCUAAGGAAUUUGCAAUGGCUGCGAAGAAUGGUUCGGAAGCGGCUGAGGAGCACACGUCGAGCGCAGAGAUACGGUCGUUUUUCGACUCGGCUCCUCCGCUGAAAAAUAGUCUUGAAAUCACAGACAAGUUGAAGGAGUUUCUUGAUAAGAAUUCAUUGUCGGCUGAUGCAGGAGAUGGAAGAGCUAACCGAAUUGUUUGCGUGACCUCGGGUGGAACGACUGUCCCCCUCGAGCAACGCUGCGUGCGCUACAUCGAUAACUUCGCCUCAGGCCAUCGAGGAGCAGCUUCCACUGAGUACUUUUUGAAGGCAGGAUAUGUGGUUAUUUUUCUGUAUCGAAGGGGAACCUGCCAGCCUUAUUGCAGGUCUUUGCCAGCUGAUCCCUUCCUUGAAUGUUUCGAGUUUAUAGACGAGUCGCACAUUAAAGUGAGGGAGCCACAUUCUGAAGCUGUGAAGAUGGCUAUCAGCGAUCAUCAAAAUGUGGUUGAAAAAGGACAAUUGCUGAAACUUCCCUUCACAACCAUUUUUGAAUAUCUUCAGAUGUUACAAAUGGUGGCAACAUCACUUAGGGGUCUAGGGCCACAUGCAAUGUUUUAUCUCGCAGCUGCAGUGUCUGAUUUUUAUGUACCUUGGAAAAGCAUGGCAGAACACAAGAUUCAGUCAGGAUCAGGUCCGCUUGAUAUGAGUCUGGUUCAAGUACCAAAAAUGCUCGCUGUCUUGAGAAAAGAGUGGGCUCCUUUUGCCUAUUGCAUUUCAUUUAAGCUAGAGACUGAUAAGAACAUCCUGCUGAAGAAGGCAGAUAUGGCUCUUAGUAAGUACAAAAUGCAUGUGGUAGUCGCCAAUGAGCUUUCAACUCGGAAUGAGGAGGUUGUUGUCGUCACGGGUGAUGAGAAGGUUUCAGUUUGCCGAGAUAAGACCCAGGUUGGCUGUGAUGUGGAGGAUCCCCUCAUCAAACUGCUAGUUGAGAAACAUGCGAUUCACAUAGUAGAUUCUUGCUCAUGAAAAUAUGAAUUGUCAAGAAGUUCAACUGGUCAUAGAUACUGCUAAUUGCCAUAAUUGAUCAAUAUCUACAGGUUUCAGUUCUCUGAAUUCUGUUGCGUAAUAAUUGCUCAGGGCAAGUGUUUCCGCAGAGUUUGGCAAUACCUCUUUGCCUUACCGUUUGUGUUAUUUUUUCCAAUUCCAUUAAGCACAGAAAGGCAUUGUUGAUGUUCUUGAGGCAACUGCAUAUUAUUUCUGUAGCUGUAAUCCUUUCUCAAAGAGAGUAAUGGAAUGAGAUAUGAUAGUUCUUAAA